AUGGCUGCCGGGUGCUGUGCGCUCAUUCUUCUAUGUUGCAUCCUGAUCCGUGCCGAGUCGUCGGCUCCAUCGCUAGGCGUCCGCGAGGCCAAAUACAGCAACUCCUUCCGCCUGGCGAGGUCCGCCCGAACCCGCGUCCAGCAACUGCUGUUAAGAUACCAGAAGGAGCAGCAGUUAGGAGACAAGAACUUUGAGGACAGAGGUGGUCAUUUGAAGGACCUGCCAAUGCUUUCGACAGACUUCGACAGCUGGCUCCAUCUUACGGACUGGGAAAGACUUCACGCCGCUCUGUCAGACAUGCAAGCCUACAGGAAGAGUCUGGAGUGGAAGAGGAACGAGCUGGAGACGGAGGAAAAGGAGAAAACGGCCCACAACACUUUAUCUCAGAGCAUCAAACACAUUGAGCUCGACCUCAGGGACCUGAUGAGCCAAGUCAAAAGUCAGAUGAGUUACAUAAAGAACGCCAGCAGAAAACCAACCUUUCCCACCGUUCAGACGCCAAUGAUGUCAAAAACGGUGUGGGAAAGCCGCGUGGAGGGUUACAUCAUCCUACGGGAUCUCGACCUUUACCUCACCAAGUUGGCACGAGACUUCCUCCUUCUGGCUUCUAAAACGCAGUGAUGCCGGGCAAAGAGA